UUGGGAUCAUAUGACUCCCAUUCGUUACACAACAGCUCUCAGGUGACGGGAUCAGAGGUGCCUUUCCCAGAUCCCAGCACUUCUGGAACAGCUGGGUGACCUUGCCCAGAAUUCCCAACUCUCCUGAGCGAGCAGAAAUCAUGGAGCUCUUCCCCUGCCUCAUCCUUGCUUGGGUUUUGGGAAUGUGGCGUUACAGGUGGAAAAGUGGAUUAUUUUGCCAGCAUACUUUGGAAAAGUUGUGUUUCUGAAGCGGGUGAUGGGACUGGAGCUUUCUCAGGAAUAUUCUUGUGUCACGCGAGGAGGAGCUAACCAGUUAUUCCAGAGGAGUUUGCUUUGCUCUCUUGGAUCCAGAUGGAAGAACCUGACAUUUGAUGAGUUUUUGGGAUAUUGCCGAGGUCUUUACGUGCUUCCUAAACCACUUCCAACCUGGCCUUGGACACUUCCAGGUUUAUCUGGAUCGUGGAUUGGGCAACUCUGAGCAUAAGCGUGGCUGUUGCGGCAUUCCCGGCGUGAUAUCCUUGGGAUGUUCCACCUGGAUGAGAGGUAGAAGAGCUGGGAGCGAAUAGGACAGCACAGGUGGCAUCAGAUGAUCCCUGAGGUCCUUCCCAACCCUGUGAGCCUGGUGGGAUGUGGCCAGAUCCCGAUUUCCUUGGUAGAACGGGAUGGGAUGGAGUCUGGAAUGAGGUGGAUUCUGGCGGGGGAUGGAGACAUCUAACUGGAAUUUGCAGGAAUCUGGGAGGAUGGAUACGCUGAGGAACCGGACAGUGGAGGAGCUCCGGGAGCUGCAGGAGGAUUCCCAGGAGAUUGAGCGCUUGGCUUUGGAAUCCCAGGAGGUUCAGGAGCUCCAGCUGGAAAGGGAGAUGGCCCUGGCUGCCAACCGGAGCUUGGCCGAGCAGAACCUGAAAUUCCAGGUGCCGCUGGAGACGGGGCGCAGUGACCUCUCCAAGAAAUACCAGGAGCUGCAGGAGCUGGCUGGGAGGUGCAGGGAGCAGAAGGAAAAGCUGGAGAAAUUCUCGGCAGCGCUGCAACCUCAGACUUUGCUGGAUCUUCUCCAGGUGGAAAGCCAGAAGAUUGAAGAGGAAUCUGAGAAAAUGGCUGAGAAAUUCCUGGAGGGCGAGGUGCCCCUGGAGACGUUCCUGGAGCAGUUUUCCGGGAUGAGGAAGUUGUCCCACCUGCGCCGGGUCCGGGUGGAGAAGCUGCAGGAGAUCGUGAGGAAGUCGGAGGGAUCCCAGGAGCGCACCAGGGACUCUCAGCCUCCUGUUCCUCCUCCUCCUCACGUUCCCACAGAUCCACCAAAGCCCUUCCCAUCGGGAUCUCAGGCCUUCCCUCUGCCCUACAGCCCGGCCCCGACCCUUCCGCCUGGCCCCGCAGCCCACGGAGCGCUGCCUGCCGCCCCUUUCCCGGGAUCUCCAGCCGUCGUGGCACACGUGGCUUCCUCCCAGCCCAGCUCCCAGCCCGCCUUUCCCUACCCGCUGCCUCCAGCUCCCGGGUAUCCAGCGGCUUCCGCAGCUGACUCUGCGCCAGGCUAUCCCAAAUCCACCUCGGCGGGCUUUUCCUGGUCUCCAUCCCGGGGCCCACCACAGCCCUUGCCCUAUCCUGCUCCCCAUCCCUCUCCUCCCCCUGCCAGACCAGGAUACCCUCCCUACAUCCCACCUGGAGCAGGGAGACCGCAGUGUCCAUACCCCACUCAGCCCCCUCUCCCGAAUUUCCCGAUCCCAACGCAGGCUCCCUAUCCCGGGCCUCCACCACCCUUUGGAUACCCCCCGCCUCCGAACCCUCAGCGUCCUCCUACCUGGCCUGGAUACUAAUCCAGGGCUUCUGAGGAACACCCUGUGCUGAUUCCUCCUUUUUCUGGGGACUGAGGAAGGGGAGGGAUCCCAGAGUGUUGCUCCUGGGUCCGUCGGUGCAAAGGAAUUAGACGGGAUAAGAAUCGGGCUCCGGAGGUCGGAGCAAGAGGUAGAGCCAGACCGGCAGAAAUCCAGAGACGAGAAACCUUGGAGCACCUUCCAGUGCCUAGAGUGGCUCCAAAAGAACUGGACAAGGACUUGGAGUGAUGGGAUAAUGGGGAACGGCUUCAGACUGUUAAAGGGUGGGUUUAGAUGAGAUUCGGGAAGAAAUCUUCCCUGUGAUGGCAAUGACAUCCUGGAGUGAUGGAUUACCCAGGGAAGUCAUGGCUGCUCCAUCCCUGGAAAUUUCCGAGGCCAGGCUGGACAGGGCUUGGAGCAACCUGGGUUAGUGGAAAGGGAUUGGAAGUGGCUGAUCCCUAAGAUCCCUUUCCACCCAAACCAUUCCAGGGCUGUCAGUG